GUCGCUUUCAAAACCAGAGGUACGAAUUACCAAUUUCCCAUCAUCGACUCACCCAUUUCCACAAGAGAUCUUUUGAUACAUUACAAUGUCCAAAACUGCAAGCCGCCCCGACUGGGCAGACGAUGUGUCCGACUCUGAACAAAUCGACCCAUCCGCCCUCCCCCCUCCAGUCACCACAGUCAACAAGGACGGCACCAAGACGACGAUAUCCUACCGACUCGACGACCAAGGGCGCAAGGUCAGGGUGACGCGCAAGACCCGCACGACCGUCCACAAGGAGCGAGUGAACCCCGUGGUGGCGGAGCGGAGGGAAUGGGCCAAGUUCGGUCUGGAAAAGGGGAAACCCAAGGGGCCACAACCCGACACGACGUCGGUCGGCGAGAACAUUGUGUUCCGGCCCAGCAGGGACUGGAAGAACGUGCAGGCCGAGGAGGCGAAGGCGGGAGGCGGCAAGGUCGAGGAGAAGAGCCUCAAGGAACAACUCAGAGACAAAAAGGUCAAGUGCCGUAUCUGCCAGGGCGAACAUUUCACCGCGAGGUGCCCGUUCAAGGACACGAUGGCCCCCGCCGACGACGGCGCCACACCCGUCGCCGACCCCAUGGCCGAGGACGACGAGAGCAAAGCCGCAGGUGGCUUGGGAGCGGGUGGUAGCAGCUACGUGCCUCCUCACUUGAGAAAAGGUGCCCAGGGCGCAGGCGAGAGGAUGGGCGGCAAGUUCGAGAGAGACGAUCAGGCCACACUACGUGUCACAAACGUUUCCGAAAUGGCGGAAGAAUCAGAGAUCCGUGAACUCUUCGAGCGGUUCGGUCGCAUCACCCGGAUAUUCUUGGCUAAAGACCGAGAGACGCAACGUGCCAAAGGCUUUGCUUUUGUAUCUUAUGUGGACCGGGCAGAUGCUGCGAGAGCAUGUGAAAAGAUGGACGGUUUCGGUUAUAGACAUUUAAUCUUGAGGGUCGAAUUUGCAAAGAAGCCGAACUAGACUGUUCGUCCUGAAAGGAGGGAGGCCAUGAAGCACGUUACCUUCUGCGGAUGGGUAUUAUGAGAUUCUAGAUGAAAAUAGCAAAAUUUGUAUCAUGACACAAAAGCUCUUCGGCAUGGAUUUGGC